CACACGCACACGCAUACACACACCCCGGUCGGAGCGGGACCUGCCCUCAGCAGCUCUCAUGCUCCGCGGCGGGCGGCAGCCGGCGGACUCUUCCCCGGGGAGCGGGACGCGCACACGGACUCAGUGAGGCACCGGGACCGAGCACCGGGACCGGGACCGGGACCGGCUGGAGGGCGCAGCGGCUUGGAGCGACCACCGCCAUGAGCAGGAAGACGCGCCGCUGGAUCCUGCACUUUCUCCUGUGCCUGGGGGUGGCGUACCUGAAGAUCGGGGGUCUUUCGUCGGUGGCGGCGUUGGGCGCCAGCAUCAUCUGUAACAAGAUCCCCGGGCUGGCCCCCCGCCAGCGGACCAUCUGUCAGAGCCGGCCGGACGCCAUCAUCGUGAUCGGGGAGGGCGUCCAGAGGGCCAUCAACGAGUGCCAGUUCCAGUUCCGGCACGGCCGCUGGAACUGCUCGGCGCUGGGAGAGAGGACCGCCUUCGGACGCGAGCUCAAAGUCGGCAGUAAGGAGGCCGCCUUCACGUACGCCAUCAUCGCCGCCGGCGUGGCCCACGCGGUGACGGCGGCGUGCACGCAGGGCAGUCUGAGCGGCUGCGGCUGCGACAAGGAGAAGCAGGGCUUCUACAACCAGGAGGAGGGCUGGAAGUGGGGGGGCUGCUCGGCCGACCUCCACUAUGGCCUGGGCUUCUCCAAGGUGUUCGUGGACGCCCGCGAGAUCAAGCAGAACGCCAGGACGCUCAUGAACCUGCACAACAACGAAGUGGGGCGCCGGGUCCUGGAGAAGGGAAUGCGUCUGGAGUGUAAGUGUCACGGCGUCUCCGGCUCCUGCACCACCAAGACGUGCUGGACCACGCUGCCCAAGUUCCGCCAGCUGGGCUUCAUGCUGAAGGACAAGUACAACCAGGCCGUGCACGUGGAGCCGGUGCGCGCCAGCCGCAACAAGCGCCCCACCUUCCUGAAGAUCAAGAAGCCGCACUCCUACCGCAAGCCCAUGGACUCGGAGCUGGUCUACAUCGAGCGCUCGCCCAACUACUGCGAGGCGGACGCCAGGACGGGCAGCGUGGGCACGCAGGGCCGGCUGUGCAACCGCACGGCGCUGCAGCCCAACAGCUGCGACCUGAUGUGCUGCGGCCGCGGCUACAACACGCACCAGUACUCCCGGGUGUGGCAGUGCAACUGCAAGUUCCUGUGGUGCUGCUACGUCAAGUGCAACACCUGCAGCGAGAGGACAGAGGUGUACACCUGUAAAUAGAGCUAUUUAUUGGACCCGCCCACGUGACGACGCCAGCGGACGUCGGCCGCCACACUGGACACAGAGCAGCUCACAGUCUGACUCACACUGAUUAGUGUGUGUGUGUGUGUGUGUGUGUGUGUGUGUGUGUGUGUGUGUGUGUGUGUGUGUGUGUGUGUGUUUUAUUUUGACUAAUAAUUUAUUGGAUGAGAAAACUACUGAUAGAAAGAAUUCACUGACUGCGCCACGUUUGAACUCGGCGGGUUUUUCUGUUGAAACACGCCGAGUUGCACUUCAGAGCAGAACUUAUCGUCUUUUUGAUUGUGAAACGACUGAAACACUGGAGCUGAAAACUUUCAGAACCCUGCAGCUUUCCUGCUCUCAAUACGCUGACGUCCUGGGGCUACAUGAGGAAACGAUCAAAUGAGAGGAGGAGGACUUAAAAAAAAGAGCAGACUUUCCAGAACACAUUCAUGUUUUGACUUUAUUUUUGCUUUUAAUCCAACUUAACUGUUUAAAGAAAAACCUCUCUUAUUUUUUUCACAUUUCUGAGAAAUUCAACUACAUUGUGUAAAGUACAGCUUCUUUCAUACUUUGAAU